UAAACUAAACAGUCAGAAUCUAACUCUCAAUAUCAGAAGGAUUUGUGCUGAGAGGAUCUUCAGAACUUAGCAGCUCUACAAUCAUGUUUCUUCCUUUCUAGAAUCAAAUUGAAGGCACAGAAUGGGACCUGGCUGAUAAAUGGAUGCUUUUAUUAAACUUUUUGACAACCUAUCAAAGCAAUACAACUUCCUCCAGUAAGAAAGAACACUAAAAAUACAAUGAUGCUAAUGAUCUUUCACAUAUUCUGAACUCUCAUUCACCAUUCAAGAAAUUUGACCUCCAGGCAGAUGGUCAGUGGCAGGGGUACCUUAACAGUCUGUUUAUCACACCCUGAGUAAUACAUCUGGAAGCUUCUCUGUGUAUUACUCAGAAUAAUAUUGCAUAGUCUAUGGCUACUCCACAGCCCAAGAAAUUGAAUUCCAGUCGAAAUGCAACAGGCACAGUGGUUAGAGUGCAGUCUGUGGGCUACCUCAGCUGAUUGCUAGCUGCAGUUUGGCAAUUCAAAUCUCACCAGCUCAAGGUUGACUCAGCCUUCCAUCCUUCCGAGGUGGGUAAAAUGAGGGCCCACAUUGUUGAGGGCAAUAGGCUGACUGUAAACAGCUUAGAGAGGGCUGUAAAAGCACUAUGAAGUGGUAUUAAGUCUAAGUGCUAUUGCUAUUGCUCUAUCUACCAAUUGUGCAACCCACAAAAUACUAGUGAUCUCUGAGAAUAUAGCUAAUAUAAACAGUAGUUGUGAUUUUGAUUGUUCUGAUAGUUGUCAGAGCCCAAGUGAAAUAUUUCCUGAAACAAAAGAAUCAGAAUGUUAAUCCUUCAAGACAAAUAUAUUUUUAAGUCUAAGUGUGCAGGAAAAAGAUUUACCAAGAGUAUCCCUAAAUUAGAUUAAGCAAAGCAGAAUCAUCAGAGGUGAAAACAUCACAACAAAAGUGUAAAAAAGGCUGGAUUUGGAAGUGCUGUUGUAAGCAAAGCUAACAAAAAUCAUGCUUUAAUGACUUAAUAUCUUAGUUGGUCUUGAAUCAUCUGAUACUACUGUUUGCCCAACAGAUGGUUUGAAUAGAAAAUGUAAUUGAAUCUGAAGCUGCUGAAAGCAAGAUUAUGCUUGUCCCAAAGAAAGAGCAUGCUGUCUAACAUAAACCAAAGCUUCAAUAUUUUUGCUCACAGGAAGACUGGCAGAUAUAAAGGAAAUAGCAACAGAUGUCUUUUAAAAACUAAACUGUGUACCAAAAUGGCUCAGAAUUUAAUGAUCUGGGGCAAGAGUUCCAUUCAGCAUCAAAAUAAGAUAAAAAAUCCUAUUUCUCAUUCUUUAGGAUUGUCUCAUGAAGAGACUAAGAUAUCUUCAAAACUUCAGAAAAAUAAUCUCCAACAGGAGAAAAAAUGCUUCCAGCAUAAUGGUCAGAGUUCUACAAAGCAAGUGCUUCCCUGUAUUUCCCCAAAUUCUGUUAGUUUGAGAAAAACAAUCUCUCCAUUGCCUGUUGGACAAGAACAAUCCCCAGUAGACCAUUUGAAUCUGAAAUACAGUGACAUGUUCAAGGAAAUACAUUCUAACGACAAAGGUCCUGGCAUUUAUGAAAUGUUUGGGACUCCAGUAUACUCCCGUAAGCCUGAUGGGUGUGGUGAGAAUAAGAGUAACAGGAAUGUGUGUUCUGCUCCAACUGGAUGGCAUAAUGAUAUGAAAUAUAAAUCCAACUGUUUCAAUGGGGAGAAGAGUAGCAGAAUAAAAAGUCCCCAGAAGAAAACAUACUCUAAAUCUCACAAGAACGUUAAUAUUAAACCAAAAUUGAAGGAGAAGGAAGUUGCUUCAAAAAAGGUGUCCAAGUUAACAGGUUGCGGUGUAGAACAAGGCAAAGAUGUGACUGCCUCUUCUGCUGAUCUGCAGAUUCAGCCAAAAGAGAACACUGAAUCAAUUUGUGAAGAUACCGAUCAGCAAGCUCAGAUUUCCAUUGAGUUUCCUGAACUUGCUAAGCAAAAGAAAGUAUGUCCUAAUUCAGGCUUGUCACCAAUUGAAGAAGCCUCUUUGGAAUAUACAUCAGAUGAUUACGAUGAUGGCGAUGAAGAUGAUGCUUUUCCUAAGAAAGCAUUUGCCACCAAUGCUCAGGAGUUACUUUGGCCGGAAGUUAAAGUUCAUGCAGAAUAUGCUCCUUUCUUAAGCUGUGUGAAAAAUACAAAUGAACCAAAUAAUGCAAACAACAGUAGGACUUUAAGGGAUGGACAAAACAAAACAGCUGAUUGCCUUGUGGAGCAGGAAACAAGCCAGAUUUUACACUAUGAGUAUAAUCAAAAGCUGUCCGCAUCCUUUUUUACAGACCAAAUAAGCUCACCACCUCUAGAAAAUACCCAGCUUGAAAAUAUCAGUGUAGCAAAUAUGACAACUGCAUGGACUUACUAUCUUGCAAACUCAGCCUUUCAGUCAUAUACAAAUAUCUUUGAGUACAAAGAUUAUAAGGAAGUAACAGAAGACAUAUUCGGUUGCUCAGUCACUGAACUGCUUUCUCUGAGUGGGACAGAUGGCAACAAUUCUAGCUCAAUGACCAGAAACAUAAAUGUGGAGGCACAAAGUGGAGACUGGAGAACAGCAAAAGUUAAAAAUAAUAAGAAUGUUUGUUCAGAUUACAUGGGAUAUGAGGAAGGAAAUCCACUUUUACCUGAAACUGCAUUUUCAGAAAACAGCUUAAUUAAUCAAGAGUCUAUUUUGUGGACUAAAGGUGAAAUCCUUGGAAAAGGAGCAUAUGGCACAGUAUACUGUGGACUUACAAGCCAAGGACAAUUAAUAGCUGUGAAACAAGUAGCACUGAAUGCAUGUGACCAAGCUGGGAAUAAAAAGGAAUACCAGAAACUGCAAGAAGAAGUUGAGAUUUUGAAAAAUCUAACAAACGUCAACAUUGUAGGGUACUUGGGAACAAGUUUAGAAGAUAACAUAGUAAGCAUCUUCAUGGAGUUUGUUCCUGGUGGUUCCAUUUCCAAUAUUAUUCAUCGCUUUGGGCCACUGUCAGAAAUGAUAUUUUGUAAAUAUACAAAGCAGAUUGUACAAGGAGUUGCAUAUUUACAUGAAAACUGUGUGGUCCACAGAGAUAUUAAAGGAAACAAUGUUAUGCUUAUGCCUAAUGGCAUAAUCAAACUUAUAGACUUUGGAUGUGCAAAGCGCUUAGCGUGCGGGAGUCUGACUAAUCCACACAGUGAACCAUUGAAAUCUGUACAUGGCACUCCAUAUUGGAUGGCACCAGAAGUGAUAAGCGAAUCUGGCUAUGGAAGGAAAUCAGAUAUCUGGAGCAUUGGCUGCACUGUUUUUGAGAUGGCCACUGGAAAGCCACCAUUGGCUGCCAUGGAUAAACUAGCAGCCAUGUUUUAUAUAGCUGUUCACAAAGGACUUAUGCCUUCACUACCCAAACAUUGCUCAGAUGAAGCAGUUGAUUUUGUACAUCUAUGCUUAACAAGGGACCAACAUGAGCGGCCUACUGCCUUAGAAUUGUUGCAGCACCCUUUCAUAAUAAGAAACUCAUGAAACCUGGCAAUGCUUCUAUCAAGCAGAUAUAAAUUCUUUUGUGUGGGAAAAUGUCUUCUAAAUUGAGAAACUGUUGGUAUAAAACUUGUAAAAGUUGCUGAAAUAGUAAAUCUUUACCUUUUCUAAAUGAACAUCUGAAGCAG